AUGAAAACUAAAGGCAGUCAGAAACCAGAUACUAGACACCAGAUACCAGACACCAGAUACCAGAUACCAGAUACCAGAUACCAGACACCAGAUACCAGACAUCAGAUACCAGAAACCAGAUACCAGAUACGAGAUACCAGAUACCAGAUACCAGACACCAGACACCAGAUACCAGAUACCAGACACCAGAUACCAGAUAUCAGACAUCAGAUACCAGACACCAGAAACCAGAUACCAGAUACGAGAUACCAGAUACCAGAUACCAGACACCAGACACCAGAUACCAGAUACCAAACACCAGAUACGAGAUACCAGAUACCAGAUACAGCCACCAGAAACCAGAUACCAGAUAAAGAGAUAACAGAUACCAAAUACCAGAUACCAGACACCAGAUACCAGAUACCAGAUACCAGACACCAGACACCAGAUACCAGACAUCAGAUACCAGACACCAGAUACCAGAUACCAGAUACCAGAUGCCAGACACCGGAUACCAGAUACCAGACAUCAGAUACCAGACACCAGAUACCAGAUACCAGAUACCAGACACCGGAUACCGGAUACCAGACAUCAGAUACCAGACACCAGAAACCAGAUACCAGAUACCAGAUACGAGAUACCAGAUACCAGCCACCAGAAACCAGAUACCAGAUAAAGAGAUAA